AUGACAGUACGUAACAGCUUUGUUCGGUAUGAUGAAAUGUCGAUAGUGUAUUCAAUGUUUUAUAUCUUAUACAGUAUUUAAAGUAUUUUAACCUCCUGUGGCAGUGAUAUUUUAGUGAGACUAUCGUCUCUUUAACACACGAGUAACGCUAGACGGUGAAUACUGAAGGUGAAACUUCAAGCGUUGUUGUUUUGACAGGCUCUCACGGUUGCCAACUUGGGAAUGUUCAAAUGUCAGCUGACCAGGAAGCAAAAGAAGAUGAACUGCUUGCUCUAGCGAGCAUAUAUGAUGAAGAGGAGUUUCACAGGGCAGAAUCAGGAAAGGAAGGCGAGAUUCAUCUGUGCUUAGAGCUUCCACCUAACUUCAAGCUGCUAGUCAAGGGACAGAAAUCUGCAGAGCAUAGUAUAUCAUUUCUGCCUCCCUUGGUUCUGAGUUUUGACCUCCCUGACGACUACCCUUCAGCAUCUGCCCCAGUUUUUACUAUCAGCUCCAAAUGGCUCACAAGAGUUCAGAUCACUGCGCUUUGCAGGAAACUUGAUGAGCUUUGGGAGGAGAACCAAGGCAAUGUGGUUCUUUUUACGUGGAUCCAGUUCCUAAAAGAAGAGACUCUGGAGUUUCUGACAAUCCAAUCUCCGCUGGAAAUCCAAAGGAGUCAGCCUCAGUGCGAACCCGCGCAGAAACACGCAGCAGAUGCUUCCGGAGAAAAAAGCAAAGCGCAUGAUCUAGACCCUAGAGCCGUUCAGGAAGUUGACGCUCAGACAGAUAUACUGACUCAGCUGCUGGAUUUUGACGAAGCCCAGAAGCAAAAGGUGUUUGACGGGAAGGUGUUUUGCUGCGGCAUCUGUUACUCCGAGAAGCUGGGAUGCGACUGUUUGCUCUUCAAAGAGUGUGAGCAUGUUUACUGCAAGGCCUGCAUUAAAGAAUACUUUCAGAUCCAGAUUAAAGAUGGCAAAGUUCAGUGCCUUAACUGCCCUGAGCCAAAGUGUGUGUCCACGGCUACUCCUACACAGGUAAAGCUUCUUGUGGGUGAAGAUGAAUUUGCCCGCUAUGAUCGUCUUCUCCUGCAGUCGAGUCUGGACCUGAUGGCGGAUGUUGUGUACUGUCCUCGCAUGAGCUGCUGCAUGGCUGUGAUGGUCGAGCCUGACUCCACUAUGGGCAUCUGUCCGUCUUGCCAAUAUGCCUUUUGUACUCUUUGUAGGCGAAGCUAUCAUGGCCUAUCUCACUGCAUAGCAACUGCUGAUGAGCUUCGCAGUUUGCGGGAUGAGUAUCUUUCUGCUAGCGAAGAGGGGAAAAAGUUCCUUGAAAAGCGUUUUGGGAAGCGGGUCAUUCAGAGGGCAGUGGAGGAGUCUUUUAGCACAGACUGGUUGAAGACUAACUGUAAACAGUGCCCUUGCUGUGGCACCAAUAUACAGAAGGCGCAUGGCUGUAACAAGAUGACCUGUUCCUCCUGUCAGAAGUAUUUCUGCUGGAUCUGUCUGGGAGCUCUCAGCAGAGUGAACCCCUAUAGCCACUUCAACAACCCUGACUCGCCAUGCUAUAACCAAUUGUUUCAUGGAAUGGAAAUGGAAGACGACGAGGCCUUUGGAAGUGACGAAGAUGACUGAUCCACCGUAAAUGAAAAGCUUAUAGGAUAUUAUUUUAUUUAGGACACAAACCUAACUAGACUAUGACUAGGAUACUUUGGGUGUCACACAAGCACCUCCCACUUUCACCUACAAUUCAAAUUCUAAUGCAGAACGUUUCUGCUGUGCAUACAUGCAUCCCUUUAAAUAGGUUUACUGACAAAAAUACAUCAGGCCGCUGUUUGUGAAAAUGACAGCAUACAGCUUAUGAAUCUGGUCGCUUUGCUGCAGUUUUGACCAUCAUGAGAUUUCUUCUCAUUUUGGGAAGCCGUUUAUAAUAGUGUACAUUUCAUGAUAUCAUUUUAGACAAAUCCUGGAUGUUUAAAAAAAAUCCUAAAUGGACUUGACACUAAAGAAUAAGCCAAAGACGGCAUGCACACCGCAGGAAUUUGUUAACAUCGCAGUUCAUCAGACCAUCUUUGUUUUAAAUAAAGCGAGUUGAAGGAACAGGAUGUCAGAAAUUAUUCGACUUGCAAUCCGGAUGGUCAUGUGGCUCAACCCCAAGGCAGUUAUUAUCUGCACAAAUAAUGUAGGAUCUGUAUCACUUAAUAAAAUACUGAACUCUG